AUGACUUUCGCAGACCCACAACUCCUUACCAGUCUCGAUUCUGCCCUUUCCAUCUUCCUUGCUUCCACUGGUUCUGCAGUUGCCUCUGCGGAAAGUGGAAUCUACGCACUUCGCAAGAAAGGACUCACCGCCUUUAUGGAAAAUGCAUCCGAGGAGAUGACUGAAGUGAACAGAUAUCGCCAUCUUUCUGCUGGCUUGUCGGUUGGUCUCGCAUGUCUCACAAGUGGUUUUGGAAUUGCCCGCUUCUUGAAGCAUCUCGACAAGAAGGCUGGCAUUGCAAGUGAUGAGCCGGAGAGACCAGAAACUGAACCAUUGAUUCAGCGUGUACGACGUGCUAUGGUAAAAGAGAACUUUGUGCAUCUUACCUUGAGCCUCGUCUUCUUGGAAGCAAUCGGAUUGUGUGGAUCAAUUGUUGCUCUUUUCCUUUUAUUGGAAGAAGCAGCUAUCCAGGCCGAGUUCAGUCUAGUUGAUCCAUCGUUUCGAUUGUCUUACUACAUAUUACCAUAUGUCUCCCUCGCAAUGAUGGCCAAAUCUAUCGCGAGUGAAGACACUGUAGAUGUGGGGAAUGCUUUGGAAUAA